AUCAAAAAUAUCAUCGCAAGUCUCCAUAAGUCUCUCUAUAGUUUGGUUUAAAAUAAUUGUAAGCCUGUAUCCAAUUAACCAGAAUUCUAAUUAUUUAUUUGAUUAUUUUGUUGAUUAAUAAAUCAAUUGUUGACCAAUUAAUUCCAGUUUUUAAGGGUUAAAUCAGGUAUACUCUAUUGAAAUUAUACCUAUAAGCCUUGAAGCUCGCUAUGAAUCCAACUAAAACCCAGCGGAAGGACAAAAUGAGAAUCAGAGCUUUUCCCACUGUGAUGGAUGAAAGGUUUGUCACAGAGAUCUGGUCAACUCUUAAAAACGCUAUUCAGGAGAUCCAGAAGAAAAACAACAGUGGACUCAGUUUUGAGGAGUUAUAUAGAAAUGCGUACACCAUGGUCUUACAUAAACACGGUGAAAAAUUGUACAAUGGUUUGAGACAAGUUGUUCAGGAUCAUCUUGAUAACAAAGUCCGUCAAGAUGUUCUUGCUGCAAUCAAUAAUAACUUCUUAAAAACAUUGAAUCAAGCUUGGAAUGACCAUCAGACGAGCAUGGUUAUGAUAAGAGAUAUCCUGAUGUAUAUGGAUCGUGUUUACAUAAUCCCAAACAGAGUUGAUAGUGUUUAUAAUUUGGGUCUUAAUCUGUUCCGAGAUCAUGUUGUCAGAUAUGGGUCAAUAAGAGAUAAUCUGAAAGAAACUUUACUGGACAUGGUUAUGAGAGAGAGGAGAGGAGAAGUCAUUGUCAGAUCCGCUGUCCGUAAUGCAUGUCAAAUGCUUAUAAACUUAGGUAUCGAUUCUCGUAGUGUAUAUGAAGAAGACUUCGAAAGACCAUUUCUCGCUCAAUCAGCCGAAUUUUAUCAGCUUGAAAGUCAAAAGUUUUUAGCUGAAAACAGUGCAUCUGUUUAUAUAAGAAAAGUAGAGCAGAGAAUCAACGAAGAAGCUGAACGAGCAAAACAUUAUCUAGAUGAAUCCACUGAAGCUCAAAUAGUUGCUGUUGUUGAAGAAGAGCUAAUUUCUAAACACAUGAAAACAAUUGUGGAGAUGGAAAAUUCAGGGGUUGUACAUAUGUUAAAAAAUCAGAAGACACAAGAUCUUGCUUGUAUGUAUAAUUUACUACGUCGUGUUGAUGGAGGUCUUCAAGCGAUUCUCUCUUGUGUAAGCCAAUAUUUGAUUGAAGAAGGCAAAAAAUUAGUCAUGGAAGAUGAAGGAGGAAAAACUGAUGCUAUCACCUUCGUCCAGUCUCUGUUGGAACUUAAAGAUCGAUUCGACACGUUUUUAGUUGGUUCAUUUAAUUCGGAUAAAGAAUUUUCUAAGAUGAUAGCAAAAGAUUUUGAAUAUUUUCUAAAUUUAAACCCGAAAUCCCCUGAAUAUUUAUCUCUAUUUAUUGACGAUAAACUCAAGAAAGGUGUUAAAGGAAUGUCAGAACAAGAUAUUGAGCAGGUCCUCGACAAAACAAUGGUCUUGUUCCGUUAUCUUCAAGAAAAGGAUGUUUUUGAAAGAUAUUAUAAACAACAUCUCGCCAAGCGGCUCCUUUUAAAUAAAAGUGUAUCCGAUGAUUCUGAGAAAAACAUGAUUUCCAAAUUGAAAACUGAAUGUGGUUGUCAAUUCACGUCGAAGUUGGAAGGAAUGUUUAGAGAUAUAACAGUAUCCACUACAAUGAUGGAUGAAUUCAAAACGCAUGUACAAAGUUCUAGGGUUAACUUGGCUGGUGUGGACUUGAAUGUUCGAAUCUUGACCACAGGUUUUUGGCCAACUCAAUCAACACCUUCUAAAUGCAACAUUCCUCUUGCACCAAGAAAUGCAUUUGAAGCUUUUAAACGCUUCUACCUCGCUAAACAUAGUGGAAGACAAUUAACGUUACAACCACAAUUAGGUUGGGCUGAUUUGAAUGCCACAUUUUAUGGACCCAAGAAGGACGAUUCUAGUGAGAAUGGUAACAGUUUUAAUGGUCAACCGACCAUGGUCAGUACCACUUGUAACUUUUAUGGAAUGAAUUCUGAUCAAUUAGAUCCAGGAUCGAGUAAUGCUGUCAGCACUUCAUCUUCAGUAGUUAAUGCGCCCCCACCAACCACUAAGGCACCGGUUCCAAGAAAGCAUAUUAUUCAAGUAUCCACUCAGCAAAUGUGUAUCCUAAUGCUAUUCAAUAAUAGAGAUAGAUUAACGUGUGAGGAGAUAACAAGUGAAACAGAUAUACCUUUAAAAGACUUAACCAGAGCAUUACAAUCCUUAGCCAUGGGAAAACCAGCUCAACGAAUCUUGAUAAAGCAUCCCAAAACUAAGGAGAUAGAGCCAAAUCAUGUUUUUUGUGUUAACGAUUCUUUCACUUCCAAAUUACAUCGAGUUAAGAUUCAGGCUGUAACGGCCAAAGGAGAAUCAGAACCAGAAAGAAAAGAGACCAGAAGCAAAGUCGAUGAGGAUAGGAAACAUGAAAUCGAAGCAGCUAUUGUUAGAAUAAUGAAGGCCCGUAAAAGAAUGAACCAUUCUAAUUUAGUUUCAGAAGUCACCGAGCAACUCAAAUCUCGAUUUAUGCCCAGUCCUGUGAUUAUUAAAAAACGAAUCGAAGGUCUGAUAGACAGAGAAUACUUAGCGAGAACUCCUGAAGAUAGAAAAGUGUACACUUAUGUAGCUUAAGAUUUCUUCAAUUUGAUGUUUCAUGAUAUACUCAUAUAUAUAUAAUUUAUACCCGUACAUUACCCACGUCAUUAUCUAUUCCAUUGUUCAACAAUGUGUUUACCAUUAACUUUGUAUUUUAUGAAAAGAUAGUUCAUCUUUCAAAUACAUUUACAAAGAUUUCAUUUUCUAUCUGAACAAAAUUUGGUCCGACGAUUGAUUGCAAUACAUGAUUCUAUGGAGCUUUAAUGCAAACCUCAAUUCUGUUUGAAAAGUGGAUCUCAGCAAUGUAAUAACAUUUUAAAGCUCACAAUCCAAUGAUUUAUGCACGUUGGUUUUCAUGGUUCAAUCAAAAUCAUUUUACGUCCUGAAUAUUGAGACACUCACAAUUCACCAAUUACUGUCCGCUAGAGAACAUCAUUAAGCCAAUUGAAUGAAUUGGGUUUAAUAUUGCUGGACUCUUAAGAAAACUCACCAGUCAACUCGAAAUGAACAAUUUCAAUCCUCACAUAAGGUCUUUUCGGUUUACGGAAAAUUAUUUGUUGUUUUCAAUGGAAAUAAAGUUCAUUUGAUAAAUUGUAGAAAGAAUUCAUCCCUCAUCCUCUAUCUCUGCGGAUUCAAGACUCGGCGUACGAAAGCUGAAACUGAAAUAUAGUCCGUAUUUGGUUGAAAUAUUUUUUUGGAGCAAUUUUGUGCAUCCCAUGUCCAAGAGAAUGAGUCAUAACACGAUUUUUGACCAAGAAAUGUGUUAUUUUUUUAAAUUUUGUAUCAAAAAUUCUGUAAACAUAGACACUUAAAAAUGCGUGUACAUCAGAAUUAAACUUCUAUCAAA